AUGCCUCCUCCUGUAUUUAAAGGACUGAAGAAGAGAAAGUCAAAAACUGCCCAGAAGCGGAAGGCUUCAAGCAGCAUUAAGAAUGUUGCUGCUGCUGAUCAAUCAACACAAUCGGCAGGCGAGGAGGAAUCAUCAAAGGUAACAAGCUCUUCGGCACAAGAACCAUUGUCUCCCGUUCUCGGAUUAUCAUCUCGAGAAGAACAAGAUCAAACGGCAGAAGAUGAAGCCAUGAAUGAUCAUGUAUUGCAAACACAACAAGACGAAGAUUCACCAGAAUUAACUCAUCCGCCAAGAACUAGAAAAAGAAAAAAGAAAACCGCUGCAUCCAGUGAUGAUGAAAACGAUCAAGAUUAUGAGCCAAGUGAAGAAGAGCAACACGAGGAGCCUGCAGCAAAAACUCCAAAGAGAAAAGUCUCUUAUCUUCCAACAACAUCGUCGUAUCGUGUUCCAGUGAUAGAAGAUGAAAGUGACAGGAUGACCUCACCACCAAGCUCUAGAAAGAGAGCCAAGAAUUUUACCCCUGAUGAAGAUCGACUUGUGAAACGUGUGGUUCUCGACAUUUAUGGUGAUGUUCCUAAGGUUGUUAACAAGAAAGUGUUCGAAUUGAUGUCCAAAAUUCUGGAUGGUAGAGAAGGCCAAGCCAAAGGCAUUAAGAAACAUUAUUAUAGAACAGGUGUCUAUAAACAAACUGAAACAGAAAUGAUGGAAACAGAGGAAGCAGAUAACCAAAAGCUACUUCCAUUUAAAGAUGAAAUUUUGAGACUAAAGGAACUUAUGGCGGAAGAAAUAGAGAUAGAAGCACAACGUAAACGAGCAGCUCAGUUGAGUGAGAUUAGAAGAUUAUCCAAUGAGAUUGAAGAUUUUAAUGCCAGACACUUCUCAACUCCCAAAAAAUCACCAGCAGGAAAAUCAAGCACUUCGUCAACUCCUCGAAAAUCUCCCAAAUCAUCGUCCUCAACUCCAACAAGACAGCGUGCAAGCUCUUCCAGUAGCAGAGAAAAAGAUGAAGAAACCUUAUAUGCAGAAAAGUUAAUUGAAAAAUUGACUGCAGAGACGCAAAAAUCGUCUGAUCUUGUUGCUCAUGCUCUCUACGCAUGCAGUGGAGAUCCUAAACUUGCUGCUCGUUUAUUGGAUGACUCUGUGGAGCUCACAGAGAAUGAAAAAAGCAGAAUAUGGACCCAAGAGGAGGAUAAGGUUUUGACUAUGAAAGGAAGACCAUUGAAGGCUUUGAUUGACUUGAAAGGAGAAGAUCUUGUUCAAGCUAGAUUGGCAUGGUUGGAGAGUGCAGAGUAUGGAGAAGUUGAAUACUAG